UGCGCAGAAGCUGACCGAGCAAAACAGAUUUCAAUAUUUAAUCAACACUGGGAUCACAACUAACUUUUCUAAAUUUCUUUCAUUAAACACCUACCCUCAGAAAACUCUGCACUUUCACCAUGUCUUCAACUCAGUGCGACGCCCAAGUACAAGCCCAGGACUCCGACACUAGUCGUAGAGCUCAAUGGGGAGCCAUCAGCAAACACCAAGCUGAGCUCAGCGAUAUUUGGGGAAAGCUUGAGCACCAUCCCUCCUUCAACGGAGUCUUCUCACUCGGCAAAGAUGGCAUUUUGCGCUCCCUGGGCCCAGACCGCGAUGUUCAUGAUGCAGUCCCUUUGUCACCUCAUCUGAUCAAGGCGCUUCUUGACCGUCUGCCUUUCCGUCCUCAAAAUGAGAUCGAUUUUCGUGGUGUCGAUGGUAGAAACACGCCUAAAGAGAAGUGGUAUCAUCCCGACAAGGGUUUGUUGCCUCCGCCUCUAGUACAGACGGAAGAACAGAGGAAGUUGAUUGAAUCGAAGAGGGAUGAGACAAGGAGACAACUGGAUGAGAUGAAGAGGAGGCCGCGUUGCCCGCCCCAGAUCAUGUCGGACCACGAUCUUGGGUUGGAGGAGACAUCUCGGGCUGAAGACGUAUCUUGUUAAGCCUGCAAUGUAAACCCAGAUUCUCGAGGGUGGCCUUCUCAAGAGACUGGCCAGAAUAAAUUUACUACCUGUCAUCGAAAAAUAAGAUUGUGCUUUGUCGGAAGAUACCGAAACAUAUGUGGCUUGUCCCGUUUCUAAUUGAAUGGGAUAGCAAUCUUGGCUGGGCAACGAAAAGGCAUGACUGCUCAGCCGCAAUCGUCAAUUUUCGAUUAGUGACAUACAUUGGCUGCCAGGGCUGAAAUAAGAAUGGAAUGUGCCAUGACUAACUAAAAUGCUUAGCCCUUCAGCUGGUCUCGCGGCGGCCUCUUGUGGCGUGAACUAUUGAAGCUAUUCUCAACAUUAAGCAAGGCAUAAUUUCGGUAGUCGAAAUUGAACAACUAAGCUUAACCUGCAAGCACAAAUGAUCAUAAAUACUCAAGAG